GGGAAGUGAAUGGCAGUAAUGCCCGGAAGGGAUGUGCGUGCGCUUCCUGUCAGUGCGGACCGCUAUAGAGAAGUAUAACGGGGAUGAGCAGGGGCUGAGGACAAGCAGUGUGUUCGUUCAGGAGCGGCCUCAGACGGCGGAAACAUGUCGGCCAGCGCCGUGUACGUGCUGGACCUGAAGGGGAAGGUCCUUAUAUGUCGUAAUUACCGUGGAGAUGUCGAUAUGUCUGAAGUUGAGCACUUCAUGCCAAUCCUAAUGGAAAAGGAGGAAGAAGGGGCUCUUUCACCAAUACUUGCUCAUGGAGGAGUACGGUUCAUGUGGAUUAAACACAAUAACUUAUAUUUGGUUGCAACAUCCAAGAAGAAUGCUUGUGUGUCACUGGUAUUCUCCUUCCUCUACAAAGUUGUUCAGGUAUUUUCUGAAUAUUUCAAAGAAUUAGAAGAAGAAAGUAUACGUGAUAAUUUUGUUAUUAUAUAUGAAUUGUUAGAUGAGUUAAUGGAUUUUGGCUAUCCUCAAACCACAGACAGCAAAAUAUUACAGGAGUAUAUCACACAGGAGGGACACAAGCUAGAGACUGGAGCACCGCGUCCUCCUGCCACCGUAACCAAUGCUGUGUCUUGGAGGUCGGAGGGUAUAAAAUAUAGGAAGAAUGAAGUUUUUCUGGAUGUGAUAGAGUCUGUUAACCUUCUUGUGAGUGCAAAUGGAAAUGUCUUGCGCAGUGAAAUAGUUGGAUCCAUCAAAAUGAGGGUAUUUCUCUCAGGAAUGCCUGAAUUACGCCUUGGAUUAAAUGAUAAAGUUCUCUUCGAAAAUACGGGGCGUGGGAAGAGCAAGUCUGUGGAGCUUGAAGAUGUCAAGUUUCACCAGUGUGUUCGCCUAUCCAGAUUUGAAAAUGACAGGACUAUAUCCUUCAUACCUCCCGAUGGAGAGUUUGAGCUCAUGUCCUACCGCUUAAACACUCAUGUGAAACCACUCAUUUGGAUUGAAUCUGUUAUCGAAAAGCAUUCCCAUAGUCGCAUUGAAUACAUGAUCAAGGCUAAAAGUCAGUUCAAAAGGAGAUCCACUGCCAAUAAUGUGGAGAUUCACAUUCCAGUUCCAAACGAUGCUGAUUCUCCCAAGUUCAAGACUACAGUUGGGAGUGUGAAGUGGGUUCCAGAAAACAGCGAGAUAGUUUGGUCUAUAAAGUCUUUCCCAGGUGGAAAGGAAUAUCUCAUGAGAGCGCACUUUGGUCUCCCUAGUGUGGAAGCAGAGGACAAAGAGGGGAAACCACCCAUCAGUGUCAAGUUUGAGAUCCCUUAUUUUACCACUUCUGGAAUCCAGGUUCGUUACUUGAAAAUAAUUGAGAAGAGCGGUUACCAAGCGUUGCCAUGGGUGCGAUAUAUAACCCAGAAUGGAGACUAUCAACUUCGGACGCAGUAAAGAAUUGGGCAUCCUUGGUCCUCUGUGAAUUUUUUUUUUUUUUUAGUAGUUCUCUUAUUAUAUGGAAUAUUGGUUAGUUAGGUGAUGUGUGGAUCAAAUAAGGAAAGUACUGAAGGUUACAAGUUCUAGUAUACAAGCUGCUCAGAGAAGGUCCAUACUUCUCAGUCAUACAGAUUAACUACAUAUGGUGACAUUUUUUGAUUGACUGAAAACACAUUUAUACUCUCUGCAUGGCCAGUUUUUUUUUUUCUCUUUUUUUCCGUAUUUUACUUUGUGGUUUCACAGGCCUAUAAUACAGAUAUGUUUACAACUACUCUUUCAGUAUCUUGCCAACUAGAUCUUUGCUAUGUGCCUGUGUUAAAGUGCCAUUCUCCAAAAUUCAACUUCUGUUAGCAUAAUUUGUAGGUUUAUGUUGCUGUAGAAAAAAAAAAAAAAACACCUCUAUUCUUGGAUAUCUGUUACAAGAGAGAGUGAAUGCAUACCUUGUAAAAAAAAAAAAAAAAAACGUCAUUCUCCAGCUUUGAAUAAAUAUGGCAUAUGAGGGCUUCUGUCAGUAUUUAUGUGCUACUACUGCUUUCACCAAACAUUUAAAGUUUAGAUAUCACAGUAUUGAUUACCAUAUAAGCUAUUAGGUUAUUUCACAAACCAGCCCCCUAAAUUGAGGGACCAUUAUAUUUGUUUUCAGUUCUGAAAAAAAAUAAAAUAUGCAGAAACCAAGCCUUUGAUAUAUAUUUUUUUUCCUUUUAAUGUUAUGAUGGCUUUGCUUUAUAUUUCUAAAUUACAUUUAAUAAAAGCAAUGUGAUCAGAAUUCAA